AUGACAUCGAUGAACAGCUUAACAUCAUUUUUGAUGUUAAUUUAUAUUCUUAUUAUUUUUUCAUUUUUCAUUAAUUUAACAAAUGCUCAAGUAUGCACGCCGGAUGUAUGUAAUAAGCAUGGUACAUGCAUUCCGAAUACAUCAAAUUCAUUUACUUGUCAAUGUGAUUCGGGUUUUGCCGGACCGACAUGUAAUCAAGAAUUAGAUGAAUGUGCAUCAAAUCCAUGUGCGAAUAAUGGCACAUGUACGGACUUAGAGAAUGGUUUUCUUUGCCAUUGUUUGCCUGGAUGGAAUGGUACUUUAUGUACAGAAGCGAAGAAUCCAUGUCAAUCAUCACCAUGUGGUUCACUUGGAAAAUGUAUUGCAACUAAUCAAGCACAAAUACCUUACUAUUGUCAAUGUUCCGAUGGACAAAAUACAAUGUUUAAAUGUGCUGAUCCAAAUCCAUGUCUACCUAAUCCAUGUGGACCAGGAGAAUGUGAGAUAACUACGAAUUUACUCAAUGGUUAUAUAUGUCGAUGUUUCGAUGGUACUAUUCAAAUGACAAAUUGUUCUGUACCAACAAAUCCAUGUAUAACAAUGCCUUGUGGGGCACAAGGACGAUGUUUAGCAUUAGAAGCAGCACCGAAAGGAUAUAUGUGUAUGUGUCAAGUUGAUGGUGUAUCUUAUACAACUAUUGAUACAUGUCCAACAACAAGUUCAUUUUGUACACAUAUGACUUGUAAAAAUGGUGGUAUAUGUGUACCAUUUUCAUCUGAUGAACCAUCGUGUAGUAUUGAUCAAAUUGGUUCAACUUGUUGUCAAUGUCCACCGAAUUUUACUGGUUUACGUUGUGAACAAGAAGUUGAUUUUUGUUCAUCAAAUCCAUGUAAAGAUAAUGGACGUUGUUUAUCAGAGAAAUCUGGUUAUCGAUGUCAAUGUUACGAAGGAUAUAUAGGAGUAAAUUGCGAUGUUCAUGUAACAAGUUCAGGUUGUUCAUCAAAUCCAUGUACUGUUGGUAUUUGUUAUCAAUUAAAUCAAAAAGGAGAUUCCUAUGUAUGUAUAUGUCCCGAUGGUACACUUAAUCUUUCAUGUAAUUCAACUACGAAUUCAACACAAAAUAAUUUUACUAUACCGCCUCUCUUAAUACAAUCUACAACUCCAAUAGAUUCAUCGACAACGAGUAGUAAUGUAAAAUAUCGUGGUGGAGCGAGUAUAAAUAUAAUUUCUCCGGUUGCAACAUGUAAUCCAAUAGAAAAAGAUGUUUGUAAUGGUGGACAAUGUAUAUUAACUGAUACAGGUGUAAAUACUUGUCGUUGUCGUGAAGGUUACACGGGUGCAUAUUGUGAAAGCAAUAUUAAUGAAUGUGCGUCAAAUCCUUGUAUGGGUGGUGGAACAUGUUAUGAUCUUGUUAAUGCAUAUGCAUGUUUUUGUCCUGAUCGAAUAUUUCGACCACAAUGUAAUACUUCAUCAUCAUCAUCAUCAAAUGAAUGUCUUUGUCGUAAUGGAGGUAAAUGUUAUACAAAUUCAGUUGGUAGCCAACUUUGUCAAUGUGUAAAUGGAUUUACCGGACCAUUGUGCGAAAUAUCAAUUACUGCUCGUCCGAAAUCUGGUCAAUCAAGUUGUAGUCAAUUAUCAUGUCAAAAUGGUGGUAAAUGUCAAGAACAAGGUUCGAAUAUGAUUUGUGUGUGUAAACCAGGUUAUUCUGGUCAACGAUGCGAAACAGAAUAUUUCCGUUGUCAAGGUAAUGGUCGAUUUACUGAUGUAUCAAAUUGCAAACAAGGACGUUAUUUUGAAUGUGUAUAUUUUGGACAAUUUGAUUUAAAUUUACCAAAUGGAAUACUUUAUAGUCGUAGUUGUCCACCUGGCCUUUUGUUUAAUACAUUAAAUGAUCGAUGCGAUUAUCCAAGUGUUGUACAAUGUUAA